CGCUUAUUUGAUGCGACGAUGUCAUGUCACACGUAUUGGUUAAGUGUUCAUCAGCUGCCUGAAGUGUGCACGAACUAAGGCAGAAUGGGUAGAAGCUACAUUGUAGAAGAGGCGGUGGAGAUAUAUCUUGGUGGGCUUCAGACACCUCCUGGAUCGUGUGUCACAGGACUUUUAAUUGGUCAGUCAUCCCCUCAGAGAGAAUUCAUAGUGUUGGCUGUACAGACUCCAUACAGGGAUAGUAAGGGCCAUCCGAAGGUUUCUACAGGCAGUCCUCUGGAUGAGAUUGAUGUGGAGUGGGUAACAGAACAUGCCAAGCAGUUAUCCCACAUGUUACCAGGAGGUCUCAGCAUCCUUGGCCUGUUUUUGGUAACCCCACCUGAACUAUCUAAAGAUGCCCAGAACACUCUUAAAAGGCUUAUAUUUGCUGUGGAUAAAUACAUAACUAAAGGAAGACUAUGGGAGCUCUCAGAGGAGGACGUAACGGAUCGAGUCACACUGCACAUUUGCUCCAAAUCGAAGAAAGCUGUCUGUAAAACAUUCGAUGUGAAGGAUCCAAAGAGUUCAGCCAAGCCAGCAGACUGGAAGUAUCAGGCAGGAGUCUCGACAUCCUGGCCCAUGUUGACCUGCUCUGUGGAGCUCGAUCUUCUGAUACCUCUGACUGAAUCAUCUUCCGAUAACACAGAUAAGUGCAUGCAGGAUGGUCUUAGGAAAUGGGCCAAGCAGAUCGAGGCUGGUCACUGUCUCAUAAAUGGUAGACAGGCAUUAGAUGACUCUGAACUCAUUUCAGGACAGAAAAAAAAUCCAAAGAUUACCCAGCAUCUUACUCUUCCAGUACGGAUCCUUGUUUCUGAUGAGCAAUCAGAGGUGGAUGAGAGAUCCAGUGCGCAGGUUCAAGUGUGUAGUGGUUCAGCAAAGGUUCGAGGGGUGGUGUACUGCAGGGCCUACAUCCACAACAAUAAACCUAAAGCCAGACAUGCAGCACAGGUCAUUAAGAGAGACAUCAUAAAUUCGAUUUCCUGCAGAGUUGCGAUGUUUCUUGAGGAUCUCUUAAUAAGCGAGGGGAGUCACAAAGGCCCGUGCAGUGGUCCGAAGGCUCUUCCUCGACGUGUUUUUGUCCCAGUGCCCUGCUCUGGCCUGUCUGUGUGUGACUACAUGUUCCCAGAUGAAAGCACAGCUGAUGUGGCCGAGCGUCUUAAAGAGAUGCUGGACUGGGAAACACCAGAGGGGAACAUAGAUAUUAGUCUGGAGAGCAAUUACUUAUUUUGCCCUGAUGUAACUGAAAGUCGCAGUGAUGACUACAGCAGUCCUUUCACUUCCGAAGCACAAGUUGAAACACCUAAAACCCAGAAAGCCUUUCAAUACUAUGCUGGUUUGGCAGUAGCAGCAGCCAUUGCUGUUCUUGCUACAGCUACAUCCCUGCUGUAUUUCAAUGAAUAACACUAAAAACUACAGUGUAUGUAUGUAUGUAUGUAUGUAUGUAUGUACAAGUGUAUAAAAUAGCAUGGUUGAGUAAUAUUAAAUGUUUUCAAAUAUAAUUUACUUCAAUAAACACUUUAGGUUGUUUAUAAUUCAUGAAGCUAUUUUAUACAUUAUACAUUUUAUUGACAUUUUAAACAACUUAAGUUAAAAAAAAUGUAAUGUAAAGAGCAUUCUGUAAAAAUGUAACCUUGAUAUCUUUAUUACUGUCUGAGUAAUGCCAUUUCAAUUAUUGAAAUCAAUGAUUUAAAGCAAACUUGAUGCUCUUAAUCUCAUAAUUGGAUUGAGAAUUAAGCCUGGAUUUCACAGGCAUGGUUGCAAUUUUUAUUUUCUCCUUUAUUUUCUGUUUUGAAAAGCACUGCUGGCAUGUUUCCACAUGUGCUGUAUUAAGAACAAAAUAAAAGUUAUUAUCGUCAUCUUU